GCCACAGUAGUAAAAUCACCCCAAAUAUGAAGAUAAGGACCAAAUUCAGAAGACAUACCAGCCUCUCAUCAUGUGUACGAUUUCUGAAAGACUGGAAGCAGAGCCUCAUCUAAUACCCCAAGUCUAGUGCCAAAAGCUCGAUUCCUCUUCCUCUGCAUUUGGGUAGAACUCGAAAGCCAACUUUUCAGAAAAUGGGUUGCAGGAUACACACUUCAAAUCCCCCAAUCCUGUGCAAAUUUUCUACAAGGAAACCAGCUCUUAGAAUUAAAACCAUUGCAUUAUCUUCUAUUCCCAACCAACAGGGUUCCAUUUCUACCACCACACUCCCAAAAACUGAUACUUACACUGUUGAUUUCAAAACUUUGGAAGCUUGCAAGCUUGGCAUCUCAAGAUAUCCUGACUUUGAAUACGAUGCUCAAGGAGGAACAGGAUCUGGGACUGCUACCAGAAUUAAAAAGGGUGACCUGAAAGAUGAGAUUUCAGUUUCGUUUGACUUGGAAACUCUGUAUAUUCCACCACUAACAAGUGCAACUACUAGGUUUCUUGGAUUGCCAUUGCCACCAGGUUUGAAGAUUGAUGUGGUGCCUGAACUCUUUCAAGGAAGGAUUGAACGAGAUUCUGGUAAGGUUGAUCUUGAGUUCAUGGCCAAGUUCUGGUUUUCUGUUGGGAAUAUCUACAAAGCUCCUCCCCUGCUAGUGAAGACAGUAUUGACAUCAGAAGAAUCAAAUGGAGUGAUACGCAGUGGACGAGGAGAAAGGUUGGAUAGAGAAGGGAAAUGCAGAUUGGUUGGGGUGGCAACUGUCCAACCAAUUGAUGAUGUUUUCAUGAACACCUUCCUUGGUCUUCCUACUGAAUGCCUUGCCAACCUCAAAGCUGAAAUUUCCUUUCCUACUUCUCGAUGAUGCAAGAAAUCUCCCUCUCAAUACUUGCAAAGACAUAAAGCCUGUUAUGAAGAAAAAAUAUAGAAGAAUAAAAUGUCCUGUAGCAUCUCAGCAUCAAUAACAUCUAGGUACAAUGUUGAUUCACAUGCUUAUCUUAGAUUAAAGAUAAAAUGGCAAAACAAUUAUCUAUUAUAAAUAAAAGGCUUUACAGAAUUCA